AUGAAAUCAAUCGAAUCAUUCAAAGACUUCAAAUCCUCAAUGAACAUCUUCAAAGGCUCUGCCGCCAAAAAGCACCACGAUCGACUCCCCAGCGAGUCAUCAUCCACCAGCCAGCCGAACCACCACCACCACCACCUAAACCACCACCUAAACCACCCCCCUCAACCAGACAAACACUCUCGCCAUAACCCCACCAGCCCUAACAAACCCACUCACCACCCACUCUCAUCCUUCUCACACCACCACUCCUCACCCUCAACCAUCGCCCACUCGAUCCUCAGAACAGCCUCCUCCGGUCUGGUCUCCAAAGACCUGGAAGAGAUGGACAUCCAACAGGUCGCUGCCCAGAACGACCACACCGCAGAAGCACUGCGCAAGCUCGACGGCCUCUCCUCCCCACGGGCCACCAGGCAGUCCUUCAAAGACCAGCCAAACAGUCGGCCCACCUCAACCGGACCCCGUCGCCGCUCACUCACCAACCGCUCCAACUCGCGGCCCAGCUCCCCGUCAGCCGCGAGCGUCAAGGAUCGAUCCACCAAGGAGCGUUCAGCAUCCAAGCCAUCCGAAGAGACAACAACAGCCAAAAAGACACGCACCCGCUCGCUCGCGAGCAACAAGGACUCGCCCCUAACAACAUCCACCGACGACUCCUACAACCUCCUCCUCCACUCAGACCAUCCCCUCUCACCCUCCAUCCAACGCACCGCCUUCAAGCCUACACCCCAAACCACCAAAUCGACCAUCGACGGGCCCUCAUCAGCCUCCAGUAGUCCUCGUCAGCUCUUUCAUCCCAUCGGUUCCGGGGCUGGCGGCAGAGCACCUCCUACCAAAUCUACUCAUCCUGAAUUCGACCUGAUCCCUUCCUCCCCAAAGAUUGGCAUAUGCUCGUCCGCCAUCCAGACCAACUCCAAACGCGCUUCAUCAUCUUCGACUAGCUAUACCACUGGCGCUACCACCACCACUGCCGAGUCUAGAGAGAGCACCCUGGCUACCUCAGUCUCCUCUCCAUCCUUCCCCCCUCAUCAUCAUCAUCAUCAUCAUCAGCAGCAGCAGCAGCAGCAUCAUCAUCGUCACUCACAAUCUCAUACUACUGCCCCCAGUCGCUCCUCCCCGACCAAGAGUCGCAGCAGUGUUGGAAGUGAAGCUAGCUCGGUAUUCAGCAACACCGCUCCUGGAACCGAGGCCGGGCGUCAUCUGGAACGGUCAAGUUCAUCCAAUGAGGCUGGCGAAAAUCUGAGCAGCAUCCCACCCGUCCCACCUCUGCCCAAGGACUACGAAACCUUCAAAGCCCAACCACAGAGCCGACGCCCAUCUCAUUCGUCCAUCCAACUGCCGCCCAACAACGCGAAAACCCAUCAAACAGACUCUCUCCAGCUUCCCAUCAGAUCCGCUCACCCCGAAAGUGCUGCAUCUUCUUCGCACGACCAGCACGAGCCAUUCAGUCCCUCGACCGCUACCAUCGACUCACUCCUGCCAGUCAACAGUCCUGCUAGUAGCGCUUCAGCUACCUCAAGAUUCCUGCACUCCUUGACCUCUCAGAAGAGCUCAGAGGACCCCACCCAUCACACCUCUCAUCUCAAACAGACCAAGAAAUGGAGCUUAUCGGCCGCAUUGGGCAUGAACAAGACCGGCCACUCGUCCAAGGACAGCGCUGUCCAUGACGAUCAUCUCGCCCACCCGAUCAUCUCUCCCGCCACCUCUCAUCACCAAGCCUCAUAUUCUGAAUCCAGAGAAGCCAUGGGCGGUCUAGCUACUCACACCAAGCGCGCCUCAUGGCUCGGCCCAACUCAUCAUCUUGUCCCCGAAUCGCCUCAGACCCGCCCUGAGCCAUCCUUUUACCACUCCGACCAGAAUGACUCGAGUCGGAAUCGGAAGGAGAGUAGUAGUAGUAUCCUCACUACUGAUACCACGACCACCGCCGCUGGGCUGGCUGCCCCAGCGCUCAAGCCAUCUAUCGGCGGUGGCCUGAGCUCUCGUCGUACACCGUCUGGCAUCCCUUUCUUCUCACGCAAGACAUCCGGAAACCAGUCUAUCAACCACUCCGACAGGUCAACCACUAAUCUAACAGAGUCUACCGUCAGUCACGAUAGCUCGACCGGCGGAGGCAAGAGCAAGGCGGCGACCAACAACGCGCUCGAGAAGACAAGCAACGCCGAGGGCGAGCUUCCGGGCCGCAAAUCGAUGAUGUCAUUGAACGUGUUUAUCAGGAAUAGCGUCCAACGACGGCCGACCCUAUCGAGCUCCAAGAUUUCAUCAUCAUCGGCUUCUCAUCUAAGCUCUUCGAUCGAGGCCCCCAAGUCUGCCUCCGUCCGUCAUUCCUUGAAAUCCAUGCCGGCCAAAUCUUCACCGAUCAGGGAAUCCCAUCAUGCCUCCCAAGCCGCACCCAAGAAGCUUUCGAUCAGUAUCCUCAACGGGGUUAGUAGCGAGACGCCCGAGUCCCAUCUCAGCCUCAACGAGGCUUCAUCCCCAAAGAAAUCAACCCUGGGCUCAAAGGCCUCCAACCUGAUUGGUAGGAGACGAGGCAAGACUGUAUCUGUUGCCGGUUCAUCCAAGGAGAAACCCAAUCUGCCACCACCUCUGCCACCCCUACAAAUGUCCGCAAUCCAUUCUGCUACCUCCAACCGAGUCGCUUCGAUCACCUCCCCUAACAUCAGCUUCUCGUCGAUGGCCACCAAACGCCGCAGUAUUGAUUAUCCUUCCUCCUCCUCCUUGUCCUCUCGAGCCCCGAGAGUACGCACCCUCAAGGAAUCUACGACCUCUCUCAGAAAAGGAUUGCCGACGAUCGAUGCCUCGCCACUACGGAUAGACGAUGAGCUGAGUGAGGACGGAUCGAAAGCGGCCGUCCGCCAACAGACUGUACCAGUCCGACAGCAAAAAAACUCCAUGAGUCCCUUGCCGAAGAUUCGAUCCGACGAAUAUUCGAACAACAUUGAUUCACUAGGGAGCCCCAAGCGUGUCCCAGAAUCUAGCGGUUCAGAAAACCAAGACCAUCCCAACGAGUUUGGUAUCCUGACUGGUCACCCACCGGUCACUCUCAACAGCAAACGAGCCUCGGCUAUCCAAGGAUCCUUAAUACCCAGAUCGCGCUCUGGAGCAUCCAACGCGAGUAAAACACUCGACAGAGUAUCCAACAACGAUCUCAAGGCUGAAUCCAACAGUGCUUCGACCAAACCAUCGACAACCAGUCAAGCCAAUACUAACGAGCCAGCAAAUGAAGAGUCGGCGAAUGCUCAACAGGAUACUUCGGCUGCGGCCAGGCUAGCCGCUGCAAGGAGAACGGUGGCCAAGUCACAAGAAGUGCAGGCGGCCAGGGUGGCCUCGAGAAGACUCUCGACCACCCAUGCCUCAGCAGAUCAGUCGACGGUCUCAGAGUUUGGAGCAUCAGCCUCCAGCACGGUCUUGACCUCGUCCCGCUCAUCGAGAACGAUUGCCAGUAAGCUCACGAUUCCAUCGCGGAUGUCCCGCUCGUCUACGACGCCAUCGAUGCUCAGUGCCUCCGAAGCCGUCGGACAGAGCUCACGCGCCUCACCCGGACACAGUCUCAGGGGAAGGGCGACGGAUUCGAAGGGGAACAUGAGUCCGACCGUCGGGGAGGAGGAAGUCAAGGGAGAUGAAGAGAUGGCCCAAUACGUGGCUCGGCAGCGGAGCAAGAAAUUGAUGAGCGGGAUGACGCCUGCCGAAGUGGCCAAACUGUUCGAGUUCCCCAAGCCGAUCGAGCCCACGAAACCGAUGACGACCCAAGAGGCCCUAAGGUUGUACAAGAACUACCUCUCGGAUUACGAGAAGGGCGAGAUCUUGGGCUACGAGAAGAUCUACUACGUGGGCUCGGAGAGCACCAAAAAGAUGGCGAGCGAGGACAAGCCCGCGCAGAACUACGGCUACGACGACGAGCGGGGCGACUACCAGAUCAUCAAGAACGAUCACCUCAUCUAUCGGUACGAAAUCGUCGACGUCCUCGGCAAAGGCUCCUUCGGUCAGGUCUUGCAGUGUCGCGAUCAUCGCACCGGCGAAAUGGUCGCCAUCAAAAUCAUCCGUAAUAAACGCAGGUUUCAUCAUCAAGCCUUGGUGGAAAUCCGGGUGCUUGAAAACUUACUAAGCUGGGACCCAGAAGAUAAACAUUGUGUGUUGAAGAUGACGGAUCAUUUCACCUUCCGCGGCCACUUGUGUAUCGUGAACGAGCUCCUGAGCAUCAACCUAUACGAGCUGAUCCGGAACAACUCCUUCAACGGAUUCUCGACGACGCUCAUCCGCCGCUUCACCAUCCAGAUCCUCACCUCCCUCUCCCUCCUCAGACACCAUCGCGUCGUCCACUGCGACCUCAAACCCGAGAAUAUCCUCCUCAAACAUCCCCAGAAAUCAGCGAUCAAAACGAUCGACUUCGGCUCUUCUUGCUUCGAGAACGAGAAGGUGUAUACGUACAUCCAGAGUCGCUUUUAUCGCUCGCCUGAGGUUAUCUUGGGUAUGAAUUAUCAUAUGGCUAUCGAUAUGUGGAGUUUAGGUUGUAUUUUGGCAGAACUCUAUACCGGUUAUCCGAUCUUUCCGGGAGAGACAGAGUCGGAGCAGCUAGCAUGUAUCAUGGAAGUGCUCGGGAUGCCUGACAAGUAUCUAGUGGACCGGAGUUCGCGGCGGAAGUUGUUUUUCGACUCGACGGGUGCGCCGCGGCCGGUGGUGAAUUCGAAGGGCCGGCGGCGCCGGGUGGGCUCGAAGACGCUGCAGUCGGUGCUGAAGACGGAGGACGAGCUGUUUGUGGACUUCAUUGGGAAGUGUCUCGCCUGGGACCCGGAGCGCCGGCUCAAGCCCGACCCGGCCAUGCGCCAUCCCUGGAUCCUCGCCGGCCGGGCCCGCCCCGUCGUCGCCCCGCUCGCCACUAGCACUAGCACCCUCCUCCAGCAACAACAACAGCAGGGCGCCUCCGCAGCAGCAAGCGCCAGACUCGUCCAUGGUCGCUUCAACUCCGGAUCAGGCUCUCUUCAUAUCUCGUCCCCUCGCCGCAAACAGGUCCAUCUCGCCUCCGCCUCGUCCACCCACAUCGGCGUCUCCGCACCCAACAUCUCCCAGCUCCCGCUCGGCAACCCCUCCAACCCGGCAACCUCCACCUCCACUACUACCUCCACUGCUGCUGGUGGUGGUGCGACUGGGCCGGGAAGGAAUAGCGUCGGGUAUCGGAACAGAACCCAGUCGUCUUCCGCCAGACAGUCGCUUAAAGCCGUCCACCACCACCAACCUUCUUCGUCGACUGUCCUCCCCUCCUCCUCCUCGUCGUCGUCAAACACAUUGUCUAAAGCCGCCAAACCCGCCGCCCAUCAUCACCAGGCGUCGUCCUCGACGCACGACGACCCUCAGGCCCUCUCCCAUCGCCGCUCUCCUUCCGCAUCCUCUGCCGCCGCCGUCCCCGGGAACAAUGCUCUCGCGAGUGGCGCCAACCACUCUUCGCGCAAUACUACGGGCCACCAUCCGAACCCUAUGGCGAGACAAUCUUUGCCCGUCAGAGCCGGCCCCUGA